AUGGCAGACCAGCCGCUGCGUAGCGGCAAGACAGAUGCAGUAACGCCGCGGCAAGACGGACCCACCGGGCGCGCUUCGGGGGAGGGUUCCGAGUCCUCCUCGUCGCCUUCGCAGGCUUUCACGCCCCCAGUUCAUCCGCGCGACAUGUUUGAGGCCCUUACCGCGGCGAUGAAGGCUUCUUCGGGGCCCCCGUACCUAGAUGUCUGGCGCCAGACCAUCCAGGAGUUAUUUGCGCUGGAAUUUGUCCGCCUUCCAGUCAGCUUCGACGCGUUGCCGGCCGAACGCAAACGGUAUCCCAAGCUCACAAGUACCGAGCUGGUGAGUUUGCUGGAUUUGUUUAAGCAAUGUUUUGUUGUGACAUCCGGCCGCUACGUCGACUGGACCCGUUUAGCCCACCAGAUCAGUAAGGAGAUCCUCGUCACGAAGUGGGCGUUCAAAGAAAUCUUGCGCAAGCUGGCCAGCCGACAGAAAUGGGCUGUGGCUCCAAUCCCGCGGCUGUGGUCUCAAGUCGUGCAGACAGGCAGUGCUGCUGCACCUGCCAGUACGACAGGCCAGCAGCGUCCCGUGUUCGAUGACUUUAUGUUUGAUCCGGCACAUUUUUCGGAGGAAGAGACGACCACGCUCCGAGCCAUUUGCGCAACGCGCCUUAACUUGACAGGUACUCACCGUCUGCGCGAGGGUACAGAUGAUGAAUGGCGCAUCAUCAUUGGGAUUGCGGAAGGGCUUAUUGCCUGUCGUCGGCUGCCUGAUUUUCUCAAUUCUGUCUUCGACAGCGACGAGCGGCUUCGGUUGUGUCGGACUGUUCAGGCGCAGGUCGAGGGACAGUUAGUCUUACAACUUAGACAUGGUCGUGAUAUCCCAAUUGGACGCCGGACGACCCACGCUAUUACGGAGAAGAUUUUGGAAUCGGCGGAAAUCUUGCGGGUCUGCUUGCCGGAUCUUCACCGUUUCCUCGGGUUGGCCAAGACGAUAAGCUACAAUCGUUCUACCCGUUCAAUCCACUUCUAUUUCUUUACGCGAGCCAUUGCUAAGGCGCACCAGGAUGUCGUAGUGCCUUUUCAGGGGAGGGCGUACACGCUCGAGAAUGUUCAUCACCCGGUCAGGGGCUCGGUCUGGUUGAAUCAGCGGGGACCAGACGGGCGGUCGAGCCACCCUCGGGCAGCGUACACCAUUUUGCUGUAUAAUCUCACCCGGUUUGAUGAUAUUGGGCGCAUUGCUGCCUACCUCCGCUCCAAGAUACCAACGGAUUUUGAGCUGGAGGAUAUGGAUACCUGCACCCCGAACUCACGUACGUCCACUGCCUGGAAAGUCACCUUUCAUCUGGCGGGUUGCCCGACCUUUCUCCAAGGAGUAGUCAGACUGCUUUGGUUUGGGACCCCCAUUAUCGUCCGGCAUCCGGACGUGGGCCGUCGCCUCCAAUGUUUGCAAUGUGGUACGCUAGGCCACCCGGCGUCGAGGUGUCAGUUUACUGAUGCGCAGUUGCGGGGGCCGGGCGGGCUGGAGGUCCACGAAGCCGAGCUUUUAGCUGUUGAAGAUCUGGCCAAACCGUUUAGUAGCCCUGAUGAAAUGCGGCAAAUGGCGCAGCGACGACUGGUUGUGCAGCAAUCAGCCGAUGCAGCGGCUCAAGCUGCGGUGACUCCGGCGGUACUGGUCGCCACUUCCAGUCCACCGCCGGCCGCCGAGCCCCAGCCAACAGGUAUACCUAUCCAAUCGGUGUAUACUACUCAUGUCGCGCACGCGGGCCCGCCUCCUCCGGCCCCCAAAACCCCGGCCCGAACAGCCAUGGAUGAGACGCCCCCUUCGAGGGGGUCGUCGGCCUUGGCCCCCAAGGAGGGUCCGUCUUCCCCAUUUGAAGGCAGUGUCGCCUCUGCACCUCCGCAGCCGGGGACUGGAGGCUCCUCGACUCCUGCUUUUUCGGCACGGCUGUCCCACUCUCGGCUUCUGCCGGAGGAUCAGGCCCGGAAACAAGCAGCCGGUAUUCGGGGCCCGGCGGUAGUUAUCGCGGGUCCGGCUCUCCUGACCCAGCAGCGACGGGAACGUCUGACUUGCGAAAAGCUUUUAAAGCUGCUGCCGGAUCGGCAAUGUCACUCGAUACCCAUGGAUCCUAAGCCGUUAGCGGAACCCAUCCACAUGGGCGAGCUUGUGAGUAUUCUGGGACUUCGGGAAAUAAACACUCCAGCGAACGGCAAUUGUUUGGCGAUAGCUCUUGCUCAAGCGGUGGCUGAGUCUGCCUUGACCGCCCCUACCAAGGACCAGGAGCUUCUCACGGCUUGCAUUAAACGAGGUAUCACGUGUACAGGACUCUUGAACUUGGAAGAUCAGGUCCCUCACGACUUGCGGGUGCAGGCACUUAAGAACGUGGGCCGUGGGUGGGCGUCGAUGACGCGCACAGAGUCGGCUUCUCAAUUCCGCUGGUUUUUGACGGACUUCGCGGCCACCCCAUCGGGGCGAACUUCGCAUAGAGACAUCUUUGUCGUUCAACGCGAAGAAGCCACCCCUCAGUGGCGUUGCCGCAAGUAUCACCCCGUUUCGAUGACUGUACGGGGACGGGCGGUGGCUUCUGUAAAAGAGUACCCCCUUUCUAUUAUGGCGUGUAUCGACGAGCUGCAGGCUACCAAAGUCGGGGCGAGUCAGGCUCUACCGUUAGUGUUGCGGUUUGGCGGCAGCCACUACUCGGCAUUUCUCCAUUCAGCGGGAGUGGCCGAUCCGUUAAACCUUACCGAUACCCAGGACGGGCCGAGUGCGUCGACUCAGGAUCCGGUCCACUCCUUCGGGGACACUAGAGCCACAGCGUUGGUACCAUUGGAGGAGAAAAGCGCUUCAGCACUGCCCUCAGACGACAAACUCCUUCCUGACAGCGGUGACCGGACGUCGAUCGUCCUUUACGACGCUGGAGACGCGGUCGCUCGAACCUCGGCACAACCCUCUGGUCAAUUGGCUUUAACUUCUACUUCGAGCAGCUGUCGCGAACGCGGGAUGGCCUCUGCGGCGCGGAAACGGGGCCACGGCGGCUCUCCCCCGCUCCUGGCGGCGUCUGCGGAUCCAGGUGCUGUCGUUCCGAUCGGCUCUCGCCACAAGAAAGGUCGGGUUCGUUCAGCCCUUCGGAAAUCUUCACUAGACGCGCCGGACGACAGAAUCGAUCGGGACGAAUGGCCAGAGCUCUGGAGUUAUCUGGGAGCCGAAUGGCCGCCGUCAGCAGCAACUCCGUAUCCUCUAGUAUAUGGAGACUCCAACGGGUGGGAGGCUACGGCUCGUUUGGAGCCGGAAUUGUUACUACAUCACUUGCGCCGCUUCGUCUUUCCAGACGAAGUACUUGCUAGCUUGUCCGACACAGUUUUUGUACAGUGGACGGCGCUGUGGCGCCAGGAGUGCUUAUUAUCCGGGCUCCUAGAAUUCCGACAGCGAGUGACAGAGCUACCCACGGGUGUUUGGCUCGACCAAUGGAUUGCUCGAUCGCAGCAGCGCCUUUCGCCGUCUCUGCUGGCCCCUCUGAUUGACAAUUCCGACGAUUGGAGAAAGUUGCGAGGGAUUAACUAUGCGGGGGACGACAUUUUACGAUUGUGUGACCCGCACAGACGCGUCCGAAUGAGUCACCACCUCAUGUGUGCCAUCGUGUUCGACAACGAGAUUUUUGCUCUGACGGGGACUGGCGGAAAGCCAAGCAGAGGUUCCUCCUCGAGUACUAAGGGCAGCUUACAGCAGAAUUUCGUCUUCAGCCCCGAAGUUCCUUUCUUUGAGGAAGCUGACGCCUACAGCCGGCAUCGCAAACUUCACGACUGGUCUCCGUCCUGGACUUCAGCAGUUGAUCCACUGGAUUCUCGGGGUGGGGACAGGCUCUUUAUUUCUCAAAACGUGAGGGGCUUCAAGGCUAGCGCUCGGGAAGGGUGGUUGUCGGCGUGGCGUAGUGCGCCUCAGAUCCGUCGCCCGCAGGCUUGGUGUAUUCAGGAGACGCAUGUACAUACUGACGAAGAGGCGGGUAGGCUGAGUUCCAGGUGGGCUCAGUUAUGGGGUCAACACUUGGAUCCUGACGCUCCUCCUCUAUCGUUCUGGAGUAUUGGCUCUUCUAGCCGUGCUGGUGUUGCCAUUCUUCUUACCCCUCAUUCUGCUCGUACAGCUUCGGCCUGGGAACCGGAACGCUGGUCACCCCGGGCGAUCGCAAUUUCCAUUGGGGAGGAUGUUCUGAUCAAUGUGUACGCACCUACACUGCGAGGUGAACGGGAAGACUUCUUUACUUCCCUUCUCAGCUGGAAUUUGAUGGCCUCCAACACUAUUAUGGCGGGCGACUUUAACUGCGUCCAGUGCCCUCUCCUCGAUCGGUACGGCAGUUACCGAUCGCACCGAUCGGAAAGCCCUGCCCUGGACGCGGCAGUUGCGACACUGGGCUUGGCGGAUGCGAGAGAUCUUCGGGAUCAUGCGGAUGACGAGGGCACUGGCGAUCCUACUGAUCAUUUCACUUACUGGAAUGGGGACCGUGCCAGUCGCAUCGAUCGUUUCUAUGUGCCUGAGGGGUGGGUAGGUCGCGUGCUGUGGAUUGAAGCGCGGGUGCCAUCCAAUCAGUCGGACCAUCAGGAGGUUGUGCUACACCUACGUGACCUGAACAAACCUCGUUCGUCAUGCCGGCAUGGGCGUGUAACAUAUCCGAUUCAUUCAUCGAACCCUGGCAGGAUCGUUGACGAACUCGUCGCGGAAAUGGACGGAAGGGCUAUAGGUCAGAGCGUUUCUACCCUCACUUGGGACGCGGAUGUCACAGAGUGUCAACAGUGCGUUCGACGCAUCCGGAAGCGGGUCAAACAGCGCAGAGCGCGAUUUCGUCGGAAGAUUCAGGGCAGAGCUCGGCGACCUCUCCUGACCCGGCCGCAAUUUAUCUCCUGCAAUAUGGAGGAAUUACGGCAGGAACAUCUGGUGCGACUGGGCCAGAAGCUCGCCAGGACGGCUGACCAGUUGCGCUAUUUUUACAAGCGGGUUGCCGACUGGGAACGCAAUCAAACAGUCACAACAAUUUCGCGCAUCCACGGCCCGCAUUUUACCCGGGAUAUGACUAAUGCGGAUAAAUUUGCCUCCGAAUGGUCUACAGUCCUUGGCAAAGUUCAUUGCCAGGAGGAGAGAGUGGACUUGCCGUCAGCCAUUCGCCGUUUUGUCAAUCUACCCACAGACCGAGUCUUGUCUUCUGCCGACAACCGGGCUCUCUUGGCUGAUUUUUCGGAAGCGGAAGUCCUUGCAGCCUUUACUGGGCUCAGUCGACAUAAGUCGGCGGGACUGGACGGGCUCAACAACGAUUUUUACAAGGAUACGUCUGCACUUCUUGUCCCCGCCCUGGUCCAGCUCAGCAAUCAAAUUUUGGCUGGAGCUGAUCCCCCGCCUUCAUUUCUCGAAGCUUUGAUCAUACCCUUGCGAAAAAAGGGAGACUCGGCGGAUGCGAUGGAUUACAGACCGAUUUCUCUACUCCAAACCAGCUACAAGAUCUUUGCGAAAGUGCUGGCAACACGACUGCAACGCGUAUUACCAAAAGUCAUUGGUGACUCGCAGCAAGGCUUCGUACACGGACGCCAGAUGUCUAAACUAGUGUUGAUGAUGCUCGCUCAACUGGCGACAGCAACAUCGGAUACAACUACAUCCGCCGACGACAGCCGAGUGAUCCUCCUACUGGAUUUCCGCAAGGCUUAUGACACGGUCGAUCGCGAAUUCCUGUAUGAGGCUCUUCGCCAAUUUGGUUUCGCGGAAAGGUAUGUUCAGCUUAUAACUCGUCUACAUACUGGUACUUCGGCCGCGUUCCUUGUAAAUGGGGAACAGUCUCGUCCCAUCUCCGUCGUUUCCGGUAUCCGGCAAGGCUGUCCACUCGCCCCUUUGCUUUUUCUCGUCGUGGUGGAGAUAUUGGGCGUUGCGGUACAGCAAUCACCAGAUUUGUCUGGGCUUCCUGUCCCUGGACGACAUCCGGCAACGCACGUUUUCUCGGCAUUUGUGGAUGACUCGACGAUCUUUCUCGAGAAGGCCAGUCAGCUAGAGCCAGCGAUAGCUCUUCUCUCUCAAUUUGGGACCCUAUCAGGGCUAGUUGCCCAACCCUCCAAGAGUCAGAUCAUUUGUCUUAAUCGGGCUGUGCACGUAGCCGAUAUGCGGGGCAUUCCGGUCCUUCAACAUGCGGACACGGUGCGAUACCUGGGCUAUCAAGUAGGACUGAGACCCUUACACAAUUGCAACUGGGCGCUUCGUAUCCGGAAGCUUCAACGGAGGCUAAUGACAGCUUCCAGGGUGGCGACCAGUGUGGCGAAUCGGGUGUUGAUCCUCAACUCCAUCAUUCUCCCGUCUGUUCUGUUCACGGCGGCGGUGUUCGAUAUGCCUGAGUGGGCACGACUUGCUGUCCACAACCUGGGGAUUGGGUUGGCCUCUUUGGAGGUGGCUAUUAAAACGCAGCGUACCAAGCACGCUUUACAGUGGCUCACACAAGCUCAGGACAAGUAUUUUGGAGCCUGGAGUGCGUGGGCUUAUCAAGGCCGGCCGACAAAUUCGAGUCUGGUUCUCCAUUGCAGGACGCAGGCAGCUGGGGCUGCAUCGUGUGUCGGGGCACCGUCCCCAAAUUCAUGGGUACCGGACGUUGACAAGCUUCUACACCCUACGGUAGAGCAAGCCACCAUUCUCAGCGAGCGGGUACGAACGUACUACCACCCCAUCCUCCACGGCGCCAGUAGCUGGUGGGAGGAGGAGGAAUGGGUGCUGUCGUAUCAUCACCCUUUCCCGGCUGGGUUACCUGCGCUCGAUCCUCAACAGUGUGCGAUUCAUCGCUUUUGGGGGACACUAGGCUGGAGUAAUAACCCGUGGAUCCAGGACGGCAAUGGCCUCUCGUUAAAAUCCGCUACCUAUGACAGGAUCGCCAUCUGCCCCAUCUCGGACCUGCACAUUCGGCGAACAGGGCCAACUGAAUUUAUUUUUCGCAUUAAGCCGGUUGGACCCCGAUCUUUUCACCACUCGCAGCCUAAACUCCGUCGGUGGGCGACGGCAAUCUUGCUGGCAUCCCCUACGUUCCCCAUUGGGGGCGAAUUAGCGCUCGAACCUGAGCUGGUUCUUCGCCAUGCACCACCUUUUCGACAUGAAUGGACCUGGGCCUCGGUCCAACAAGGUCGAGUGGUCGGGAGGCGAGAGGGGUACUUGGAAGUCGCUGACCAGCCUGUUGAACUGCAGCAGAGUGCGGAUGGAAUUCGCUGGUUUUUCACCACUCACCUACCAGAGUUAUCUACUAAUUCGGACGAGGACAGAUCCGUUUGGGCCCUACGCUUGCGUCGUCACGGCGUCGUGUUUUACUCCCAUCCCGGGCAUCAUGGCUUUCCUUGGGCCGUCGCCGAGUCGGUCGCGAACUUAGCUAUACGAAAAGCUAUUUCACGCCUGGCGUUCACGUUUCACAAAAGACUUCUUGCAGUCGCAUUGCGACCGCUGGUGCGGCGUCUGGAGGCCGUCUGUGACUUCGAUCAGUGGCAGCGGGCUGCCGCAAACCAAGACCCGGCACACGUUUGGAAGCAUGACAAUGGCCUUUCCGACCAUCAGGUCUGGACGUGUUACCGUAUAGCCACCAAGCAACUCAACUUGUACCAUGCCGGCCGUCCGGCGGACAAUAGUUGCCGGGCGUUAUUGGCGUGUCACGGUUGCAAAGAAACGCCGGCUCACAUCUUUUGGGACUGCCCCAAGGCGCGCGCGUGCUGGGGUCAACUCAUUACCCAUUGGACAGGUGAACGGGCUGGGAGGCCGUGGGAAGAGCGUUGGUUCGUCGGGAGUGUGAAUCGUCACGCGCCGGAGAUACCGUCCAAGCAGCGUCUUCGGAUUUACCAUAUGCUCCCGGAGGACUUAGAGGCUGGUGUCGCGGUUUGGAAGCGUCUCUGGUUUAUUAUGAGCAGCAUUUGUCUGACUCACUUAUGGAAUGAGCGGAACGACGCGGUUUUUCGAGGAGUGCAGUCGACGCCUCUCCACAGCGCCGCGCGUUUUUGGGCGCUGGGAAUUCGACAUCUUACCGCGUUAGCAAAACGCGAACAUCGCGGUCCCGCCACAGCUGUCACCGGGGCUAUCAUGCAUACCUGUAUCGACCUCUUUAUUCUCGAACCUCGGGAUAAGCCGAUACCUUUAGGUGACAGCCACGACAAGCUACCAGUUCCGGAGCUAUUGUCCUGGCUUAGAAGUUUUCAGACAUCUUUAGCAUAA